AUGAAUGGCAAGGUCGGUGUCGUUGUCUCCGCGAGCGCUUCGACGGGCCGCUUCGGCGUGCGCGUGGCGGGCGAGGCCAAGGCACUCGCACUGAGGCACGCUGUGCAAUGGCCGGCCAACCUGGAGCCAGCGACCGAGGCGGUGGAGGUUGGCAGGCUCAUCCUCAAGGCGGCGGAGUGGUCGCCGCAGUCGCACGAGCUCUUCCCGGAGGCGGCUCGCAGGUGGGCGGUCGAGGUGAUGCGGCUGGGCUAUUUGAUCGCUUGGGACGAGGAGCGGUUUGAGCAGGGUGAGGGGGCGGCGCCGGGGCUGGUGGACCUCUGGCGCGAAUUUGUGCUGCCUAGGGUGGUGGUGCGAUGA